AACAAUUUGACCAUUAAAUCUCCGCCCACGAGUUGAAAGAGCAAAGCGCUAAAUUUGUGUUCAGGGAGGAGUCAGAGAGAAUCCCUGAAUGUACCAGCACCACUAAUAUAUCAUUUCUAAUAGCAUAUCUAUUGAUUAACAGCAGCAGAACGCGAAUAGAGUGAAAGAAGUAAAAAAGGAAGGGCGUUGAAGUUGUUAGAAGAGAGUGUCCCUCCCUCCAGGCUGAACUGUAGAAAGCGUCUCUGGUCUGCGCUACCAGCGAGAGGGACGCGAGAUUAGGGCAGCAGUUUGAGGGUCUCUGGAAUUUAUUAGCUGACGCUGGAAGCUCGGUGUUUUUUUUCUGGAUUCGGAGCAGAUCUACAGGUCCGCCAGUUUUUCAGUCGGCAUUCAUUCACGCAGACCUACGCCCAUCACAUUUUACCUCGUUUCAUCUCUGGAACUCAGGACAGCGAAGACGAACGGGUGUUGUUUGGAUUUUGAGCUAAUAAGAACAGUCGGAAAGAGAGAGCAGAGGCACUGCAUCUUUUGACCUGAAUCCUGAACUACAUCAAAGAACUCAUGGGGCUCGGGGAGGCUUCAGCGAGGGGGACGAGCAUGGAAGGAGACUGCCUCAGCUGCAUCAAGUACCUCAUGUUUGUCUUCAACUUCCUUAUCUUUCUGGGUGGCUCCUUCCUCCUUGGUGUUGGGGUGUGGGUGGUGGUGGACCCCACGGGUUUUAGGGAGAUAGUGGCAGCCAACCCCCUUCUCUUCAUGGGCGUUUACAUCAUCCUGGCCAUGGGGGGCAUGCUUUUCCUGCUGGGCUUCCUGGGCUGCUGCGGAGCCAUACGAGAAAACAAGUGUUUGCUGCUUUUUUUCUUCAUGCUGAUCCUCAUUAUAUUCCUGGCAGAGCUGGCGGCAGCCAUUCUCGCCUUCAUCUUCCGGGAACAUCUGACCAGAGAAUACUUUACUAAGGAACUGAAGAGGCACUACCAAGGCUACAACAACACUGAUGUCUUCACAUCAACGUGGAACGCCAUUAUGAAUACAUUUGACUGCUGUGGAGUGAACAGUCCAGAAGACUUUGAGGAAAGCAUCUUCAGGUUUAUAAACCCUGGUGAAGUGGUGCCUGAGGCCUGCUGCCGUAGGAAUAGUCAUCUUGGAGAAGCUGGCUUCAGUAACAGGGAGGAAUGCCUGUCAGGCAGCAUGCUAUACCGGAACAACAAGGGCUGCUAUUCAGCGGUUGUGGACUACUUUGAGAUGUACAUCUAUGUUGCUGGUGCCCUGGCUAUUGUUGUACUCACGAUUGAGCUUUUUGCAAUGGUGUUCGCCAUGUGUCUGUUCAGGGGAAUCCAAUAGAUCAAGUUCACCGAAAGACUUUUUCAAAAAGGAAAACACCACAAAAGAAAACUGAACCACUUGUCAAAGAAUGUUUUACUCCAUUUUAUAUCUCUAAAAUGAUUAAGGAACAAAAAAAAAAAGAAUCAUUGACCUGUACUUCACAGCUGGACCUUUGAGGUACAAGGUAACAAAAUAAAACAUUGACAAAAAAAAAAAAAAAACAUUGUUUGAAUUCUGCGAAGAUUUAAUGGGCUUUUUGUCAUAAAGCCCAUGCGUAAUUUCGACCAGGUGUUAAAUAGACCAGAUAAAGCCUGAAAAACAAAUGAAGAAGGUGCUGCACUGAUUUUGGAUGAAGAAUAUUUAUACUGAGUAAUGCUGGCUUGUUUGUAUAGGUAUUUGUGCUUUUAGUAAAAACAAAAAUAAAAAAAAUAGAACAAACCACUCUCCUGUCACCAAGACAUCACCACAGUCCUUGAAUGCAAGCUUUCACAAGCACAUUAUAUUAGUGUUGUAUAGUCAUGUGAAUUUCCAUUUUUAUCUAUUCCUGUGUGGAUGUUGGAGAUCUGUGUGUGUGUGUGUGUGUGUGUGUGUGUUUGUGUGUGUUUGCGUGUGUGUAGGGUGAAUGUACCUCUCCCCUGCUUGAAGACCAGCAUUUUUUUUUUUCGUAUUGUGAUGUUUAUUGCAAUAGUAAUUCUAUGUGAUUUUAGCUGAAAUUGAUGUGUAUGCAUUUGUAUUGAAAAUAAGACUAACAUUAAAGGAAUCUCUGAUGAACCA